UCCCGCCCCUCGCGCAAAAGAGGGAGGUCCGACGCCUGGGAAAUGGAAGGGGGCGGGGCUUAUGCACGUUCUCUGGUCUGAUUGGUUCUCUGGGAGUCGGCAGAUGGCACGCGAAAAGAAGCCUCCGGUUACCGCAUGCGCAGUUGCUCAGGUCACGGACGGGCAGAGCUCCUCUGCAUGAGGCCCUCGGCCGGCUUCCGCUGGCCUGCAGCCCUGGCCAGAAUCUGCGUCGCACCGCGGGGCCUCCGGCCUCGGGAGAAGCAGGCGCUGCUCGCCCCGCCGGUGGCGGUCCCCGCGGUCCCGGCAGCGGGCAGGAAGGAGCGCCCCGCUCCGCCUCCCCUGGAUGAGACGGAACUUGAAGAGCAGUUUGUGAAAGGGCACGGUCCCGGGGGCCAGGCCACCAACAAAACCAGCAACUGUGUGGUGCUGAAGCAUGUCCCCUCGGGCAUCGUCGUCAAGUGCCAUCAGACAAGAUCGGUUGAUCAGAACAGAAAGCUCGCUCGGAAAAUCCUACAAGAGAAAGUGGAUAUUUUCUACAACGGUGAAAACAGUCUUGUUUACAAAGAAAAACAGGAGGCAGAGAGGAAAAAGCAAGAGAGGAAAAAAAGAGCAAAGGAAACCCUAGAAAAAAAGAAGCUCCUGAAAGAACUCUGGGAAUCCAGUAAAAACGUCCACUGAGAAGGAAUCGAAGAUGCUUUUCUGUUGUUGUCUUGUUGUUUUUAAGAUCUUUACAUCCAACGUGGGGAUUUAACUCACAAUCCUGAUCCCGAGAUAAGAGUCACACGCUCUUCUGAGCCAGCCAGGCACCCCGGAAAGAAUCACAGAUUCUAACUAAAGAAACUGCCAGAUGCACGGCGCCUGGGUGGCUCAGUCAGUUAAGCGUCCGACUGUGGAUUUCAGCUCAGGUCAUGAUCUCAAGGUCAUGGGAUCGAGCCCCACGUCAGGCUGGGCACGGAGCCUGCUUGAGAUUCUCUCUCCCUCUGCCUCCACACACACAUACACACCCCGCCCUGCUCCACUCUUGCUUGCACACUCCCUCUCUCUGAAAAGAUAAAAAUUGACAGAUGCUUCCAAGGAAUAAUGGUAGGGAGUUCCAUUCCAUCUCAAGCGUUACUCUAGCUAAUUUCUGUAUUUCUGACACACUUAACGUUUUUAAUCAAUUUUUAAAUGGCGGACUAAACUGUAAUGAAUAGAGACGCACAUUUUGAGAAUAAAACUAUAGACACACAGAAGACAUUACCAUAAAAGAACAGCGGCUAGCUACUUUUCAUGGGGAGGAAAGGGGUUGUCGUGAUAGGACACCCGGAGGGGCUGUGGAUGGCUGACAAAGGUCUUUCUGGACCUGGGUGGGUAGUUAGAAGGAUGUCACCAUAUUUUUUUAAGCUACACAUUUGUGUGAUUGUCUUGUUUUAUUAUCAAAGGUUAAAAAUAAGCACUAGUAGUAAUAAGGAAGGUCCAUUUUUGGGGGGAAAACUAUGGAAUGGAGUCAAACAUUAGUGGCAUUUUUGGGGCACCUGGCUGGCUCAGUCGGUGGAGCAUGAGACUUUUGAUCUCAGGUCAUGAGUUUGAGCCCCAUGUUGGGCGUAGAGCUUAUUUAAAAAAAAAAAUACACAUGACAUUCCCUAUGUGUUGUUUAUAAGUAGAUUUAUGAGAUGAGUUUCCAGAAACCUGAUUUGUGAAUUUGCUUACAAUGCCAUCACUCAAGCUGGAUUUGACCCUACAGUUGUUUGGAGUUUUUAGGCAGAGGUAAUAGCUUCCCUUGUCAGAAUACAUCUGGGGUUCACCCGUGAACCAAGCAGGGGAAAAACCACAAGGGGAGAAGGCCACUGUCAGGGUCUGCAGUCCAAACCAGCCCAUUCGGCAGGCACAGACCGGUGCCCAGUGCCUGUCGGAAUACACAUUUAAGGCAGCCGGGUAAGGCUCUUCUCACCUCGACGCGAGCUGGUCUGGAAGUUUAAGCAUUGUGCGCAAGGCUCUGGAGACCGGUCGCAGCAUCCAGGACCCAUCCCCAUGCGGACCUCCAUUCAAAAGGUAGCCAAGCACCUGGAAGGGUACACGACAAGCAGGUAACGGCGGGAAGAGAAAUUUGGGAGCUGUAGACAGGAGGGACAGAGGCUUCACUCUCUCCUCUCUCGUGCCUUCUGGGGUUCGCUGUGCAUGAAACAGAUGUAGACACGCCCACUCUUACUGACCUUUCGACCUGUCGUGGCUGGGCCCUUGCCUCAUGCCUGCAAAAUUGACCCCAUCCCUCAUUUGUCUGUCUCCCCUCACCACUGAGGACCACCAUCCGCGUCCUCAACAUGUCCAGCGCAAGCGGGCCUUCCCCAGCCCCGGGGCAGGGAAUCCUCCCGGUGAGCACCUGGGGUAGCUACCUGGAGUUUAGAGGCUGCACCGUAGGAGAAUUAGAUUCCGGGAGCAGGACAAGCACCUGGAAGCCGAGAAUGGCCUCACUGAGGGCAGGCCAUGGGCAAAGUCAGUAACGCCACAUCCACUAACGUUCUUGCUUGCUUCCCCUGCACACCCGGCUGUCCACGGCAGUCACAGUGCACCGUGAUGCGACAUUGUCUGACCCCCACCUUCUGACUUAGGCAGACGCCUUCCUCCCCCAGCCCGUGGUGGUUCUGGCAUUGGCACGAAUAAUGUUCCUGAGGCCAGGUAGGCAAACCCUCUGUGGCAGGGAUCUCCCACUCUCGUCGGAGGAGCUGUUUUUUGGUUUGUUUUUAAAGAUUUUCUUUUUAAGUCACCUCCACACCUGACGUGGGGCUCGAACUUAUAAGCCCCAGAUCGAGAGUUGAACCUCUAGUGACUGAGCCAGCCAGGCACCCCCGAGGAGCUGUUUUUUAAAAACACCACUUAAAAAACAACAAAAACACUUAAGAAUUCAAGGAACCCACACCUUAAUACAAAUUGUUAAUGAAAAUAAGCUUUAUUACAUCAAGUAAUAAAUACAUACAAAGAUGCAAACAGUUUUAGUCAUUUUCUUCCAGAUGUUUGGAUCAACUUACAGGAAAAGCAGAACUGAAACCCACACACAGUCUUAGUAGGAAAAUUUGGAGGGGGUGGGGGGGGUUCUCAUUAGGUUAGGUUUGGUAGGUUGCUCUUUCUUCUGUAUUUAUAACUUGUGCAUUUUUUAAAUUGACCUCAAAGCACUAACAGUCAUGCAAGCAAAUGCUUAAGCACAAAA